GCCUACAUCGAGAGCUCGAGCCGAAUUGUGAAGCGCGAGCUCUCAUCAGACGGAGGCGCGCCGAGGCGAAGGACACACAACCACCCGACGAUGAACUCCCGUCGGUGCGACUCUGCUGCUUUCUGACGGGGGAAAUACAACCUUUUUUUGUGGGUUAUUUCUUUCUUCAUUCCGGCGAAAAAAAAAAAAAAAGAAACGAGCCAACGGACAUUUUGGAGAAGUUUUUUUUUGGGGGGGUUUAAACAGCAUGUCCUCCGCGGCGGUCGCUGCCUCCAGAAGGCAGUCCUGCUAUCUGUGCGACUUGCCCCGCAUGCCGUGGGCGAUGAUUUGGGAUUUUACCGAGCCCGUUUGCCGCGGAUGUGUCAACUACGAGGGGGCAGACCGGAUUGAAUUUGUCAUCGAGACCGCCCGGCAGUUAAAGCGAGCACACGGCUUCCAGGACGGCCGUUCUCCGGGCCCGGGGAAGCCCCACCACGCCACCGGCAAGGACCUCAACCACCACUCGGCUGGAGGAGACCCGGGCUCGCGAGCGCCUCCGCAGCCGUUGGACCGUUACCCGCUGUCCGACCGGCCCCCGCGGCUGGGACCGGAGUACCAGGCGCCGGGGAGGCAGGUAAACGGCCUGCCAAACGGAUUCCCUAAACCGGACGAGCCUCCGGAGCUGAACCGCCAGAGCCCAAACCCCCGCAGGACUAGCGCGGUUCCUCCCAACCUGGUGCCGUUGGUGAACGGCGGCAUUCCGAGCAUUCACCCGCUCAACGGCCGCGCGACUCAGAUGGGUCUCGGGGUUCUGUCUGCACACGGCGCCGGGGUUAUGUCUGCACACGGCCCCCUCGGCGGGGGCGAGCACGGCGGGAAGCGCCCAGAGGACGUGAAAGACAAACGCAGGCCGGACAGCUUGUUGGACAUGUCGGACAGCCACAAGGACUGGAUGGGCAAAGGCAAAACGGUCCGGGACCUGAUGGAGCUACACACUUUCGACAGCAGAUUUAAAAAGGACCACGCGGCCAUGCAGCGGGUGAUGGGAUAUGAAACGAGUGCCACUUCCUCAAAAACAGACCGGGGGAAACACCCCCGCGGCCUGAAGAGGAAGCCUUCCCCGGAGCCUGACGGGGACGGCAGCGCGCCCAAAACCAACGGUGGCGGCGGGGGCGGCGGCGGCGAGGGCCAACCGUGGCUCCCGUCCCCCUCCGAGGUCCUGAAGCUGCCUCAGACGGGCCUGCCGGGCUUCUCCUCCUCCUCCUCCUCCUCCACCAACACCUCCUCCCCCCACUGCCGCGCCACGCCUCCCGAGGCCUCCUCCACGCCGCACAACGGCCAGUCCCCGAUGGCCGCGCUCAUCCUCGCCACGGACAACGCGGGCCACGCCGGCUCGCCGAAAGACUCCAACCAGGUCCACUCGACAACAACAACCACGACGAUGGCGAGCUCUCGGCGGAACAGCGGCAGCCCCAUGUCGCCCCAGCGCAGGCUCGCGCCGAGAGACGGCGGCGGCGGCGGCGGCGGCUCGUCGCUGGACCCGCACGCCACGGCGAGCGCCGUCCCGGACUCCUCGGUGGCGCCGGGCGGCUCGCCGCUGUGCUGCACGCUGUGCCGCGAGCGCCUGGAGGACACUCACUUCGUCCAGUGCCCGUCGGUGGCCUCGCACAAGUUCUGCUUCCCGUGCUCCCGGGAGAGCAUCAAGCAGCAGGGCGCCACGGGCGAGGUGUACUGCCCCAGCGGCGAGCGCUGCCCGCUGGUCGGCUCCAACGUGCCCUGGGCCUUCAUGCAGGGCGAGAUAGCCACCAUCUUGGCCGGGGACAUCAAGGUGAAAAAGGAGAGAGACCCUUAAAACAUAUCUUGGCCGGAUGGACAUCAAGGUGAAAAAGGAGAGAGA